AAAUUGUAUCAUCUGGACUUUUCAUCCUUUCUGAAAUCUUCUACACAAUGUCACUUCUUGUCUCUGAUCCCGAGUUACUCACAGCCUAUGACGACGUCCGCGAUGAUAAAACGGAAACAAAUUGGGCAUUUUUUGGGUUGGCUGCCGGGAAGCCCGAUCGGUUACAAGUUUCCGCUAAAGGAUCUGGAGGUUUGGCCGAAUUCAUCCAGCAGCUCCAAAAAGAUACCGCUGGUUGGGGAUACGUCCGCAUGAACAUGAGCAAUGACGAAUAUUCUCAAAGAGUAAAGUUUGUGCUUAUCCCCUGGUGCGGCGAGGAAGUUGGUAUCAUGAAGCGAGCUCGUUUGAGCAUCCAAAUUGCUGAUGUCAAGAACAUCAUCCGUAGCUAUCACAUUGAAGUUCCUGCCUCUCACAAGGCCGAUCUCGAUGAAGCUGAUAUCCUUACACGUCUGAGAAAGGCUGGUGGUGCAAACUACGAUAGACAGACAAGUGCAUACUAAUCACCAAUUGGAGACAUUUUGUAUUUAUUUCUUUACGUUUAAACAAUCUUUUAUAUACAACGGUGGAACUGCGAAUUAGUAGUUUUUCUUU